AUGACCGGCGGCAUUCUCAACGAGAGCUGGCUGAGAGGGGUGCAGCAGACGGGGACAGACGGUGUAGUACGCUUCAAGACCAUCUUUCCGGGGUGGUACAAUGGACGAGCCACACACAUUCACCUUUUGGCACACAAUCCUUCCUCUGCUAAGCAACUUCCGAAUCACACAGUUGCUUCUGAGUCGCCUAGCACUCACUCAGUACGCGCUUCUCACGUUGGGCAGAUAUUUUUUGAUGCUACACUGCUAGACCGCGUUGCUGAGACGCAUCCGUACAAGUCAAACGCUCAGUGGCGCAUCAAAAAUGAGGAGGACGCUGUGCUCAUGGAGGAGGGCAACGUUUCUGACCCGAUGGUGCAAUACGUGACGUUAGGUAAUAGUAUUGAGACUGGAAUUUUUGGUUGGAUAGCCAUCGGCAAUGACCCUCAAGUGGAUGUCGAGGUCAAGAUUGCGGCGACCUGGUUUGGAACUUGGGGGCGGAUGUGGAGGAAACUGUGGCACUGA